UCGUUGCAUUCGUGUUCGAUCAUGUUAUUUUUCAACGGAAUUUACCGCUAGUACGAAAGAAAUAGAGUACCGGUUGUGAGUUGUGAGUGGCACGUACUAGCGCAUAGCGUUGACAUUUUUCUAUGAGUGUGUAUCUCCAUCGAAUCGGUUACGUAAAAAUCUUCAUCCAAUUAUAAAGUUCGAGAAAUAGUGAUUCUUAAAGUGAUAAUAAAUUUGUAUGGAUUGCCAAGUAUUCAUUUUGAUGUGAUUUUGCCGCGUGCGAUAAAAUUCAAGGACGCAUUAAUGGCAUUCUAUGUAUAUCAUAUACGCUAAAUCUUAAGUUACGAUUACACUCACAUUAUUGGACAUAUUUUCGAGCAGUAUUCUACAAUAGGGCAUGUAAUGUUAUAAGUGGCCAAGGAAACCAAGAGACCAAAAUAGAUAGAAAGGAAUCGCAUAUAUUUGUAGGUAAAAGCAAAAGCAAGGUACAAAUAGAUUACUUGAUCUUCCGCAACCAAACAGAGGGGGCUUGUUGAAUUUACGUGGGGGCGAGUACAGCUAAGAAAAAGGGCGUGGAAAGAUUAAACGAGUUAAUAGGCAGGACGUAAACGUACGCUAACGUUAUGGGUAAGACGCCAAAGAAGGCGACCCCUGGGGGCGAUGAGAGGAAUUUGUACAAUCGGAGACUCAAGGCAACGACCGCGCCGCCAAAUCCUUCUGAAACUAGCUUGCACAAGAGACAGCGCGAAUCCAAGAUUCCGAACAGAUCUAAAUUGAGCACUUUACAAAAGAGAGUACCACAUAGUCCAAGAAAAAAUUUUAAAAAUAAAGUUUGUAUGCAGUCAAAGUUGAGCUAUUCUCCGAAGAAAAUAAUAGAUCUUGAGGAUACAGCAUCUGGAAAUUCUAAAGAAAAAAUAUUUACCAUACCAGAAAAAAGUGAAGAAUCAAUUUUAGCAAAUAUGCAGCCAGAAUCAGAGGAAGCAGAUGUAAAAAUAAAUCCAACUGUACAAAUGGAAUAUGUAAAAAAAGAUACUUCUAAAGAUACACAAGAAUCUGAUGAAAUGCAUAUUGAUUAUACCUCUUCGGAACCUGUUUCAAUAUCCAAAGUGCAAGAAGAUUCAAUAGAUAAAGAAGUAGUGAUCGAGGAAGAACAAACAGAGAGUCAAGAGAAAGCAAGUAAUUUCGAUAAAGAUAAAGAAAUAGAACAGCAUGAAGAAAAUGAUUUAAAUUUGCGUUUAGAAACGGAAGAUAAUCCCGUACAUACGACAUAUGAGGAAAAGACGGAUGAUAUAGAUUUAAAAAAUGAAAGUAGUGAAAAAUGUCCUUCCGAAGCAGGGACAACAAAGAGUGACACACAACAAAAAGAAGAUUUACACAGUGAAUCUCAAACUGACACGGAAAGUAAUUCGGUAGAUAUUUUAGAGAUCACAACGUCUGAAAUGUCUGAAACGUCUGAAACUGCGUCGCAAAAUGAUAUUCAAAAAGAAAAGGAAAAAGAAAAGGAGAAGCGCGAAGAAAGCAUUAGCAAAGAUGUUUCGUUCGUUUCGUACGAUUCUUCAAUAAUGCUGAAGGAUGUACAGAUCAAAUUGAACGAUUGUUUAAAAGAAAACUCGAAGUUAUUCGAUACGAGCAACACUAGUCAUAAUACGUCGAGUCAGCCACAAAAAGAAAUGUCCUUUGGGAAAACUUUAAGAAGUAUUACCGGUCGACGUUCUCUAAACGCAAUGCGACACGUUACUUUACGCGAGCAAAGGUAUUCACCGAACGACUCGUUAUUUGUUAAUACAUCGAGCGCAUCUUUGCCACCAGAUGAUAUAGCGGAUUAUAAGAUUGUUCGUUAUAGUACCGAUUUGUCCGACAUGCUUUCUACCACAAAUGGUAGCCCAACAGAGAGAAAACGAAAACACGAAAUCGAUAAUUGGAGUUCCAUUAAGAAACAGAAAACAGAAUCCGAAAACAGUUUAUUGAAUAGUUCGAUCGGUUUAUUGAAAGGGUUACGCAAGCCUAUACAAGUUUCUACUCCAGUAUCCGAGAUGAAGUUUCAAACCGACAAAUUGGAAUUGGAUGAAAGUAGUAAAUCGGCGAAUGAAGGUAGCAAAAAAUGGUGUGUUAUCAUGUAAAUUACCAUCGAAUCGCAUUUCAAUCGAUGAAAAAGAGUUUUAUAUAUUUUUGCACACGAGGAAAGCGAUUCGUGCCAUGUUAUACGCCUGGAGAACAAACAAACUUAGGUAUAUAAAUUCGUUAUAUACAAAGCAAAAUUAAAUUACUGAAUUAUAUAUUUUUUUGAUAACGUAAAAGUGAAUGUGUUUUUCACUUGUAUCCGUUUGUCUGUCUCUGUUUAUUUUCUUUUCUUUUUUUUUUUUUUUCUUUCUUACUUACUUUCUCUCUUUUUUUUCUUCUUUGUCAUUUUAAACGACGUGCUCAUAGUUUAUCUUUCGAAAAGAUACUCAUAUUUAUAAUAUUAUUUUUUUCGAAGCAUUACUAUAUACUUCGUACAAUAUACGUACAAUAGAUCGUGCAAUUUUACACGACAGAGGCUCAUGAAAAGACAUCAUAUUCUUAAUAAUCUUUUAAACUUUGACAUAUAUAUUAUAUGUAUAUUAUUAAGUAUGUCUUAUAUUUGUCACUAGCGGUCAAGUAUAUUUUAUACAAACAACAACAAAAUGUAAUUAUAGGAAAUAUAUGAUAAUAGAAUUUUUUCUCGUCAUUUGGAGACUAUUUCAUCGAAUAGGAAAUUCAUAAUAUUAAAAUAAAUGAUGAGAUAAAUAAUAAGAUGAAUGAUCAUACGAUAGACAAAUAAUAUUUUUCAAAUAUAUAUUUUUUGCGUGUAUUACUUUUGGUAUAUCUUUAUCGAUUCUCAAUUUUACGAGUCGUUAGAAAAAUUAAUUAAUAUUUUCUUUACUUGUUUCGUUUGCUUUAAGUUAAAUGAAUAUUGCAAUAAAUAUUUUGCGACGAUUCAUUUUAUUUUUUGACAUUAUAAAAAGUAUAUUUUCUGACAGUUUAGACGUAAAUCAAUUAAUAUCUUAGAUUAUCUUUCUAUAUGGAAAAUAAUUAAACGUUUCGACAAGCGAGACGAUUGAGACACCGGAAAUUCGAGGAUAUUGUAAAGAAUCUGAUUUACCAUACACGUUUGUCGAAGCGAUUUUAGAGCUUAUCUUUUUAUCUUAAUUUUUUUAUCACGAGAUUUUCAAGCAAUUAAUGAAAGAUUCACCAAUUUUUUUUUUUCAUACUUAGAUAAGAUAAAUUGUAAGAUAAAUUGUUGUUAAAAAAUAGGCUGGUAUUUUAUAACAUUUGCGAUGUUCAGCGACGAAAAAAUUAAAAUUAUCUUGAAAAGAUGAUUAUUGAAUUUUUGUAAAAUCUUAUAAUAAAUUGGAAUAUCUUGAAAUUGGAAGGAUUUGAAUCGAUUUCGAGGGAAAUGGCGCAUGAUUCUAAAACUCGUUGCUCGUCGCAAGACUGCUCGAUACUUGGACAAUUGAUUUCCAAUUGUUACAUAGAUGAAACAAUGCGGGACACGUUUGAAAUCAAAGUUUAUCGAUUAAAUUAGAUUGUAAAUAAUCGACAAUGUUGCAAUUAUAAGAGUACGAAUUUCUGUCGAAUGCUUCGACCAAAGGCGUUCUUUCAUGACACAAUACAAAAAUCAUUUAAGUUAGAAUUCACUUUUUAUCAUUACACACACAUUACAGGCAUACAUUACAUACAUGCACCACAUCCGUAUUUUUAAAUUAUAUAUUCUCCACGAUAUUUUCGAAUAACAAUCAUCUUCCACGUAGAGAUUACUCGUAUUCCAAGCGCAUCUGUUCAAAUUAAAUCAGGGCCAAACACGUAGUAGGUCUAUGCACUUUUCUACAUUAUGUUACAUUAAGCGGAAAAA